AUGCCACUCAAUCCACCAGGUGUUGAAGUUCCGGAAUCUUAUGAGACACUGCGUCUCACCUACGUCCAAAUAUCCCAUCAUCCUGUCGGCACUCCAACUGCGACCCCCAUCGUCAUUAUGACACUGAACAGACCUGAGAAACACAAUGCUUUCACAUCAGAAAUGGCCGAUAGCCUGACGGAGGCUUAUCACUUCUUCCAUGUGGACCCUCGUGUCAAGGUGGUGGUGCUGACUGGAGCUGGGAGGAUGUUUUGUGCUGGCUCCGAUCUUGAUGUGGGCUUCGGCGACGGCUCUGGCAACGCUGUCGACUUCCGUGACAUUGGCGGCCGAGUGGCCCUGGCGAUGCACCGGUGUCACAAACCGACUAUUGUCGCGCUUCAAGGCUCAGCAGUGGGUGUGGGGAUGACCAUGACUCUCCCGGCGGCAGUUCGCAUCUGUCAUGAAAAGAGCAAGUAUGGUUUCGUCUUUACCCGACGUGGGCUCACGAUCGAGUCCUGCGCUUCGUACUUUCUUCCGCGUCUGGUGGGAUUCUCACGCGCGAUGCAUCUCAUCUCGACUGGCGCGGUUUUUCCACCCUCCAGCCAGUACUUUGGCGAUCUUUUCGCAGAAGUGCUCCCCGAGUCCAGCCAAGUCUUGAUCCGCGCACUGGAAAUAGCCCAGGACAUGGCCGAGAAUGUCAGCCCUCUGGCGUUGUCCAUGAGCCGUGCUCUGAUGUGGCAGGGUCCCAGCUCUCCCGAAGAGGCGCAUCUGCUGGAGUCACGGAUUUUUCACCAUAUGAUCCGUCAGAAAGACUAUAAAGAAGGGGUGAAGUCGUUCCUCGAGAAACGUCAGCCUCAGUUUGAAGUUGACCCUCAAAAAAAUAGCCCACCCAACUAUCCGUGGUGGUCGCUGACGGACAUCGCAUUGGAGCACAGUAUCUCAAAGAGAUCCAAACUCUAA